CGGCGCGCCCGGCUCGGCGGCCGCCGGGGGCCAUGGGCGCCACGAUCAACUCAUGCCUAGAAUGUUGUGAGUCUAUGAAGCACCUUAGCAAUCUCUUUCACUCUUCCUAGAAGGCCGCGUGUCACAGGAAAACGUCACGUUUCUGUUAUUACAAGAAUUAAGUGGCAUCCUGAAAAAAGAGCGGAAAACCGACCUGCUGAGUGGAUGGCAGCACCAUUAAAAAUGUCUCUUCCUUCCUGGAAAUYCAGCAGCCAGCUAGCGCUCCUGGGCUGUCGGAUGAGUUCCGUGUUAACGGAUGGCAUUUGAUAUGUGCCCUGUAAAUCCUGCGCUGGGACUCGGUGAGCGCCGGGCUGCCUGAUGCCUGUAAUCCCCAUUCCCCGGCGGGUCCGCUCCUUCCACGGCCCGCACACGACCUGCCUGCACUCGGCCUGUGGCCCGGUAAGAACCACUCACUUGGUGCGCACCAAGUACAACAACUUUGACAUCUAUCUCAAAUCCCGAUGGAUGUACGGAUUCAUUCGUUUCCUGCUGUACUUCAGCUGCAGCCUGUUUACCUCCAUCCUCUGGGUGGCACUCUCUAUCUUGUUUUGCCUUCAGUACCUUGGCAUCCGGAUCUUUCUGCGUUUCCAGUACAAACUCUCCAUCAUCCUCCUCUUACUGGGGCGAAGGCGCGUAGACUUCAGCCUCAUGAAUGAACUGCUCAUCUACGGGAUCCACGUGACCAUGCUGCUAGUCGGGGGGCUGGGAUGGUGUUUCAUGGUAUUUGUGGAUAUGUAAAUAAAACCAGCGCAUGUGGGCAGAGAAGGUGAUUCUUCUAACCCAAAAUGUGUGAAUAUCCUCCUCUCCUUUUUUUAUAUAAAUUAAUUUAUUUAUCAGUGCUACUUUUUAUUGAUAAAUCAAUGGACAUGUCUCUGGAAUUUGUAUUAUUUUUGAGGGWUUAGGUGCCAUUUUGGUUAUCAAAGUGCAGCGCUCGAUUGGGUGGUUUGUUUUCUUUGCACAGCGAAACUUAAUAGGAAUUUCCUUCAGUCCAUAGGAGCCCACCUUGCUGCAGCUCCUAUAUUCCAGUGGGCUUGAAGAAGGCAGUGAUUUAUCCAGAGCUUAGAACCCGGAUAACUUUGCACCCUCUCCUUUUAACCCAUCUUCACACUUUUUCUAAGAACGUUCCUCAAUGCUUUAGGCAUGUAGCAGUAUCCCUCUUCCCAAUGCCCUCCCUUUUCUAUGUCGUUUGCAUUUURCAUAUCCUCUAUGAAGAAUAUGGGGCCAAAUUCAACCACUUUUUUCCCUGGAUUUGUGCAAGACGUGCAUCGUAGCCCCUGCAUCAUUCCCUUUGCUCUGACGUGGCUAUACAACUCCGAAUGGCUUUGUCCUUUCCAGGCAAUUAGUGCUGAGUAAUUGAGUUUUGCCCUAACAGAAGCAGCCCGYGGGAGCGAUGGGAGCCGAGCUCAGUGUCAUGUGCUGCUGAAAUUCCCACUCGUAGCAAACAAGUCCUCUUGCCCUGGCGAUGAUGGGGAGCCCAUUGUGGAUUUCUGUGACGUGGGGAUCUUGGCGUUUGGUUUUGACUCUUUGCUGAAUUGAUUUGUCCCUGUUUUUCCAGAGUUACUUCGGUCUUGCUGGGCUCUAAUAAGACUCUGUUACCUAGGAGAGCUUCCAAGCGGAGCAGAAUCUGAAAUGACAGUGUGUAUUCCUUGGCACUGUAGAAAACACCAGCUCUCCUACCUUCCAGGAAUAGGAGCGGGGUCAUCAGAGAGCAUUACUAAUGGCUCAGGGAGAGAGAGUGAAGCAUUAGGCUUGGUUUUUACUGAUCUUGAUCUCAGGCUGUUCCUCUGCAGUCAAUUACAUAAUCUUUCUAAGGAGUUCAGUUUUCCUAAAGUUUUCCUUGAUUCUCCUUUCUUUUAAUGCAAUAUUGUCCCUCUCCCCAGGUACUUUAAAGAACUGUGCGCUGAAAAAAAAAUAUAUAUAUAUAUACAUAUAUUGUUCAGAAUGUUAGGGCCUCUUUUUGCCCUGAAAUCACCGAUGUUGGUAAUUGUGGAGGAAUAAUGACUCUUGUUACGAUUUGUUUGAUCCAAGAUACAAAUGUGCUUCGGUUAUUGGGUGCUAGCAGCCCCUGCAGCGGCGCUUCGCGGCGCUUCACUGCUCGGGCUUCCUGUCACUCUUCUGCAUCCAGAUUCAGUCGUGCAUACCAAGAAAAAUUGUAUAUCCUCACCACAUCAAACAAACAAUUCCCAAAGUGUCUACCAAGUCAAAAAGAGGAGAGGAAAAGUUGCUUUGACACUGGAAAGUAAUUUCCUCUUUUCUACAAAAACUGCCAAAUGCCGACUGUCAGAACGCCUUGAAUCUUUACUUGAGUCUGCAAUUCCAGAUAGAUCAGUGGAAAAUUAAGUAAUUGAGGAGAAGGCCUUGGAGGCCUUAGGAAGUUUAAAAUAGUCUCAUUCUUGGUCCUCACUAGCACUUGGAUCCUUGGUGGUGCUCGGGCGGUGAGAUCCUCCCAGCGUAGCAGGGGAAACGAGGUCCCUUUGAAGUCACGCUGGCAGGGAAGAGGAAUUAAUUAUCAAAUGAUUGGGUUUAUGAUGUAAUAAUGCGAACAUAUUAGAUCUACAUGACUAGAGCAAUGCUUGGCACCUCUCUGCCACUUUUCAGAGCAUUUUCCAGCAAGAGCUAAUUAAUACUCACAGCAUUCCCAGGAGAUUGCAAAAUAAGUAAAGUCUGGGUAAUGAUUCAGAAUUUCAAUCCAAUGUUUUUAAAUUUAACUUCUUUUUCCCUAAGAUUUAAGAUCACUUUGCCAAAAUAUUAUUUUUCUCAAGCAGUUAAGAUUUGAGAGGUUUCUUACAAGCCCAAGGGGAGCCAAACCACAAUGGAKGGAAGGAGGGAGAGGCAGAAUAAAUGUUACAUCAAAUAUGUGCUAAGAAUAAGGUGUCUUUUUUCUUCCUGUAUACAUUUUUUUAAUUGAAAAAAAAAAAAGGCAUUUUUAAUGGGCUGGGAUAGAAGCAAGUUUGGCAGAAUAGAACAAAUAAGAAAACAGGGAAUCUUUUCAAGAGUUAAGAAUCCAGAAAUAUUUCAUAUUAAGCAGGUACUUGCAGACUGUAUCCCCUGGGGAAGUUCAUUUUCCUUAGGAUUUGUUGCUCUUUCCAGGUCCACCGUUGCCUGAGGGGACAGGUCAGGCCCCAACAUCUGCUACGACUCUGCUGUCUUAUU